AUGUCGCAUGAACCUACGAUCGACGAUGAGGAUUAUGCCUCGUCUGAGGACUCAGACUUUGCGCCAGAUGAGGCACCCGAGCAAGGCGACGCUUCCUCGGACGACGAAGACGAAACUGCCGGCGAUGCUGCCGAACCCGCACCUGUAAAACGGAAGAGGCAACCGCAGGCUGGCGGUGGUGACGAUGCAGAGGACGCGGGCUUCGAAAACUCGGGCGAUGAGGCGAUUAUCGGGAGGGGCAAGAAAAAGCAGAAGAAAGGCCGCCAGGCGCAACGCGACGAAGAUGAAGGCGGCGAGGGCGGCUUGAUCAAGACGCGGAGCAUGCGCGCAGUAGGAAAAGCAGAACGCAAGAUCCAAGCAGCGAGCGGGCCCGUGACCGUCGACGUCGACGCACUAUGGGCUUCGAUGACAGCCGCGCCGGUCGUCCCUACGAAACAACAGCCUCAAACGACCUCACAGGGCGAGAACGGCGAUGGUUCAACAGCCCCAGGGGACACCGGCUCGUCGAAUGCCCAGGGAGCAACUGGCAAGGACGGCGAUCCCAGCGAGAUGAUCAAGAUCAAGCGGACGUACAACUUCGCCGGCAAGGUCCACACCGAGGAGAAGCUCGUGCAGCGCGACUCCGCCGAGGCAAGGCUAUACCUGGCCUCGCAGGGCGAGAACGCGAACGCCGACGCCGACGCCCAGGACGACCAGUCGGACAAGCGCAUGCCGCGCAAGGCCUUCCGCUCGGCCUUCGAGCCCAUCGUUAACGCCGCGGAGCAGGGCCAGCGGGCGGACCUAAACCUGGGUAUGGCGGUGAGGCUGCAGGCGAGGCAGGAGAAGGCGAAGAAGCUCAACACGGUCGAGAAGUCGCGCAUGGACUGGGCCGGGUUCGUGGACAAGGAGGGUAUCAAGGACGAGCUGGCGCUCGCGGGCAGGGCCAAGGGGGCGUUCGCCGACAGGCAGGACUUCCUUGCGCGGAGCGAGGCGAGGAGGGAGGAGGAGGCGAGGCGGGUCAGGAUUGCUUCCAAGGUGUGA